AUGGUUUUUCAAAGGUUAUUUGAUAUCAUACUUACCCUAGCAAAGAGUUCUUUGGCUUUGAGAGGACAUCGAGAAGACUUAAGUCAGGAAGGAUACCAUGAAUCAGAAUCCGAAGAAAUGGCAUUCCCAGAAAAUAGCUUACAAAUGUUACGCAUGUUUGUAGAUACAAUACCAAAUUUUGAUGGUAAUUUCAAUACACUACCAAGCUUCAUUUCAUCAUGUGAUUAUCUAUUCGACACAUUCAACACUUCUGAAGAAACGAUUAAGAGAUACUUAUUGAGAGUGGUACAGACUAAAUUAGUUGGUAGGGCUCAACUUUUAGUUGGCUGUAAAACAGAAUUAAAUAGCUGGUCUUUAAUAAAAAAUGCUUUAGAGCAGUGUUUUGGUGAUAAUAGAAGUUUAGAAUGCUUGGAACAAGAUCUAUUUCUAGCCUCACCAAAUAGAAAUGAGUCACCCUUAGAUUUUGGAAAAAGACUUCAAAUUUUAAGGAGUACUCUUGCACAGAAAUUGAGUAUUUCAGACUCAACGCCCGAAGUAAAAGUCGCAAUGAUGAAGCAGUACGACGGUAUCUGUUUGAGAGCUUUUGUGCGCGGAUUAUCAGGACCUUUACAAACGGUUAUUCGUUUGAAAAAUCCUUCAUCUCUAGAAGAAGCAAUGGCAUAUACUCGUAUUAUUGAGGAAGAAAAUUUCCAGUAUACGCAAAACAUUUUCAAAUUCCCAAAUCACUCAAAGACUCCAUGUAGUAACACACAAAAUUCAUAUUCCAAACCACAGACAAAGUUUGGACAUUCAAAUAACAAUUACCGUAAUCAGGCACCAAAUCAGAAUUUUCAUUAUCAAAAAUUUCAAGCUCCUCAUCAGUCGAAUUUUCAACAAAGUUAUCGACCUCCACAAACUUUUCCAGCUGACAGAAACCGGAAUAAUUUCCCAAGUCAGCCGAUAAACAUCCAAAGUCGAAAUAAUAAUUUUCAAAAACGCUAUCCAACAAAUCAAGAAGUUUUCGGACCACCCAGAAACACGAACGUCUUCAAGCCCAGGGGAACAGUACCGCAUAAUUCCCCACAGCCUAUGUCAGUUUCAACCAGAAAUACUUAUAAACCGAACUAUCCCCAAAGGCAAAAUCAUUUCCAGCCCUCGGGACCCAGAAAUUUCAUUGCGGAAGAACUAUAUCAAAUAGAUGACACGCAAAACGACGAAAGAUACGAAACCGAACAACCCGAAACAACCAGAAUUCCAAAACCAUUUUCAAAAACUCAAAAUGUUGAAGCUCAACAUGCUUCUGCCUCUUCGUCCACAAAUUAUGAAUCAGAUCCAAAUUUUUAUUACAAGGGCCAAGGCACCCACAAAACAUAA